AUGCUCAACAUUUUCAAGAGGCGUUGCCUCUUGUUAUCCUCGACAGGCAACCUUCUCAUUAGUAGCCGCUCUCCUCCGAGCAUCCCUCUUGCUGUUUUGAAUGUUGGUGCAAGAGGUAUCGGAGUAGCUUCGGAUUCAUCAUGUAAUUUUUGGGGAACUGAGAGCACAAAGGCUUUAUUUUCUUCAUCUUGUGUUGCCAUGAAAAAAACCAAAUCGUUUAAGACAAAUUCUGAAAGAACAUCCUCUGCUGUUAAUAAUCAUGCAGCAAAUAGAGAAGAAGAACAUUCUUCCAAAGGUUCAAAAUCAUUCUCUAAUGAAGGUCUCUUCAACAAAUUUUAUCCAGCUUUCCGUAAACAUCCAAAGCACACAUCGUAUAAAGACAAUCAAAAUCAUCGUACUUUCGAGAAACGCUCUAGCAAUACUACUCACGUCAAUAACACCAAUGGAAUGGUUAACCCCAACAACAGCUCAUCAAAUCCCGAAGAUACUUCAACCUCUACUAUCGCCCAGCCAACAAACAAGAUUAUCAACAUUAAAAUUAGCAAACAUAAGAAAAGAAGUAAAUUUUCACAUGGAACACGAAUGCCUUCUUCCUCAAAUAAUGAAAUUGACGAAUCAGCUUCUCUUAAAAUUAAUAAUAACUCUGACAAUCAAGGUUCGUCAGCGAAAUCCCAAGCUCAGUUUCAAAAAGAAAAUUAUACCAUUCCUCAAUUCAAAAAGGAGCUGGAAUAUAACGUUGACAAGCUGUUGAAACAAGUACUGCAAAAAGUGAAAUCUCAAAAGCCUGGGGAGGUUGAGAAAAACAUAGAUACUGACUACGAUUCCUUCUCUGUUUUAAAGCAAGACUCAGACGAAUCAGAAAUUUUCUCUCGUAACGAGCUAAAUGUUAUAGACAAGUUAGAGGAGCACGACGAAGAAGACAUUGAAAAAUCCUCCAUUAAACAUGAAAUAGACAAGAGAUUUUUGAAGCCCCGAUCUAAACCAAAGAAAUUAAAAGAAGAAAAAGACAAAAUGGAAAGCAUAAAAUUGAGCGCAGUGGAAUUGAAGAACGCUGUAUAUCAUCCUUCAACCGGUAUCGAUUAUAGGAAAUCUCUAUUGGAAGAACCAAUUCCACCACACCAAAAAUUUUUAGUUGAAUUUUCAGAUUGUGAAUACGUCCAACUUGCAGAAACACAUCCAUCAGAGAAGGAUUAUAUUGGUAACACUGAUGUGUCGCGUAUUCCAAAGCUUGCUAAUGGCCUUUCCAGAGUGUUGAGGUCUCCAGGAGUUCACAAGCUUUACGAUGUGAAAUCGAAUACCUUUCAUUUUCAUCCAUAUUUAAGGAAUCUACACAAACAAGAGGAAAUCAACAUUGAUAAUAUUACUCCAUUUAUACCACCAUCAAAAGAUGAAUCUCUUCACCAUUUAAUGAACCAAUAUCAAUGCAAAUAUCAAAGCUCUACAAGCGCUAUCUCUCCUCCAUUGGUUUCACUUUAUCUAUUGCUUUCUAAUUUCAAGCCAACAAAAGCCAGAAACCUUGAAAAUUUCAAAUGCUUAACCAACACUUUUACUCCUUCAGUUCGUAAGCCGUCGGUUUUCAUUCUUCGGCCAAAAGAAAACAUACAUGGAAAAACGUUUUACUCCAUUGACUCAUUCAAGUUUCUUUUCGAACCAAGAUCAAAUCAGAUUUUAUUAGAUCUUGGAAAAGUAAUGGAAAAACUUUUUGUCAUGGAACCAGAAGAAUUUGAGAAACGAUAUGUCAAGAAAUAUGCUCAGGAGAAUAUUUCUAUGGAUGAUGCAGAUGUUUAUAGAUAUCUCAGACAUGGAUCGUUUAUUAUUCGAUCUCAAUUAGAUUGUUAUGAUCCCCAACACGGAGUUUUUGACAUCAAAACGAGAGCUAUCAGUCGGAUACGUACCAAUAUGGAGAAUUAUGAAAGAUUUGUUAACUCAAAGAUCAAACAUGUGAAAGGAAUUCUCAAUUCUUAUGAAAGAGAGUUCUAUGACAUGGUUCGAUCUGUUUUCGUCAAGUACAGCUUUCAAGCUAGAAUAGGAGACAUGGAUGGAAUGUUUGUAGCUUAUCACAAUACUUCUGAAUUGUUUGGUUUUGAAUAUAUGAAAUUAGCAGAAAUUGAUAAGUUUGUAUUUGGUAGCACUUACAUGGGUGAAAGAUUCUUCAACCUUUUGCUUGACGUUAUGAGAGACGUGCUGGAUAGAAUUACGGAUCGCUUUCCAAAUAUUCCUCUCAAGAUUACAUUCCGUCCUUUGAGAGUCGAACCUUAUUUUGCUGAUAUUUUUGUUGAGCCAAUUCAUGACGAUUUUGGGUGGACUGAUAGACAUCCAACUCCCGAAGAAAGGCAAAGUGGGAGCUAG